ACCGAGCAUGGUUAGCGGUAAUUUGGGUUUCUGCACAUGAUGACCUUCCUCAUCCUCAUCCUCGCUGAGCAUGGCGGAGUCAGAUGGUGUGGAGUUCUUUGCGAAUCGCGCUCAAAGCAGCAUGGCUGACAACAAGAAUAGCGUGCUUCGUUGUACUUUCUCAGCCCCCAGCCACAGCAGCACUCUCCUGAGGGGCUUGUCUGCAUUGCGUGAUCAAGGUCAGUUGCUGGAUGUGGUUUUGGCCAUUGACAACGAGCGCUUCGAGGUUCACAAAGCGGUUUUAGCCUCCUGCAGUGACUACUUCAGAGCCAUGUUCACUGGUGGAAUGAAGGAGUCAAACCAGAACACCAUAGAGCUAAUUGGUCUUUCAGCCAGAGGACUGAAGCACAUUAUUGAUUUUGCCUACAGUUCCGAAGUCACCCUGGACUUGGACUGCAUACAGGAUGUUCUCGGUGCAGCUGUCUUCCUGCAGAUGGUGCCUGUGGUGGAGCUUUGUGAGGAAUUUCUCAAAUCAGCCAUGAGUGUUGAGACUUGUUUAAACAUCGGGCAAAUGGCCACCACUUUCAGUCUCUCAUCCCUCAAACAGUCAGUCGAUGCGUUCACGUUCCGUCACUUUCUGCAAAUAGCUCAGGAGGACGACUUCCUUCACAUUCCAAUGGAACGACUGAUUUUCUUUCUUCAGAGCAACAAGUUAAAGAACUGUAGCGAGAUCGACUUGUUCCAUGCGGCAAUCCGUUGGCUGCAGCAUGAUGCUUCAAGACGAGCUGUAGCCAGCGAAGUGCUCUGCCAUGUGCGCUUCCCACUGAUGCGAUCGUCCGAGCUUGUGGACAAUGUUCAAACUGUCGACAUCAUGGUGGAAGAUGUACAGUGUCGUCACUUUCUCCUAGAGGCCUUCAAUUAUCAGAUACUUCCAUUCCGACAGCAUGAAAUGCAAUCACCACGAACUUCCAUUCGCUCAGACAUUACAUCACUAAUUACUUUCGGCGGGACACCCUACACAGACAACGACCGUACAGUCAGCAGCAAAGUUUAUUUUCUGCCCGACAUCACAGUUCGCCAAUUCAAAGAGUUAACCGAAAUGGAGAUGGGAUGCAGCCAUGCCUGCGUGUCGGUUCUCGACAAUUUUGUUUAUGUGGUGGGUGGGCAGCAUUUGCAGUAUCGUAGUGGAGAAGGAGCAGUUGACAUCUGCUUCCGCUACGACCCCCAUCUAAACCAAUGGCUUCGGAUUCAACCCAUGCAGGAGAGCCGCAUUCAGUUUCAGCUCAACGUACUUCAUGGUCAACUUUACGCUACGGGGGGACGCAACAGGUCUGGCAGCUUAUCAUCUGUUGAAUGCUACUAUCCAAAGAAGAAUGAAUGGAUUUAUGUGGAUUCCCUAAAGAGAAGAAUCUGGGGUCACGCCGGAGCCACCUGCGGAGACAAACUUUACGUCUCUGGAGGUUAUGGAGUGUCUGUGGAAGAUAAGAAGACCCUCCAUUGCUAUGAUUCAACCUUGGAUCAGUGGGAUUUCAAGUGUCCUAUGAAUGAACCUAGAGUCCUGCAUGCUAUGAUUAGUGCUAACAAUCGUAUUUACGCUCUUGGUGGCAGAAUGGACCAUGUUGACCGCUGCUUCGAUGUUCUUGCUGUAGAGUAUUACAUUCCAGAGACAGACCAAUGGACAACAGUCAGUCCGAUGCGUGCCGGUCAGUCAGAGGCUGGCUGCUGUUUGCUGGACAAAAAGAUCUAUAUCGUUGGAGGAUACAACUGGCAUCUUAAUAACGUCACAAGUAUUGUGCAGGUUUAUAAUACUGAAACGGAUGAGUGGGAAAGAGAUCUUCAUUUUCCAGAAUCUUUUGCAGGAAUAGCUUGUACACCAAUAAUACUUCCCCAAACAACCACUCAGCGCUAAGCACAAAAACUUUUACGAUUGCUGUUUUGAGCUCAAGUUACAAGUGCCCACCUGGACAGCAUAAGUAAUGGAAUAAAUGUCUAUUCAUCAUUAAAAAUAAAUAGACAGCGUAAUGUCUUCAUUUUCAAGGCAUUGAUGAUUUAAGGUUCAAAACAGUGUACGUAAAUAACAUUAUAGCUCAAACUGUCCUUUUUGAGAUUGUGCCACAGUGCUUCAUGCUUCUCAAUCCUGUCAUGAUGAAGGUUUCAUAUAAGUGCCUGUGUGAUUUACAAUUACAACCAACAACACUGGGGCAUAUCUUUAUUAUCAAGCUACAGGGUUUAAAACAGGUUCUUGCCGGUGUGGCUAAAUGAUACCAGAAAACAAAACAAAAAAUAUUCAUUUAGAACUAUUUAUAACUUCAAUAUACAAAAACAUUUAUACCAAAUAACAUUUUAAUAUGGUUCAAAAUCAAGUCUUUUUCUGCAAAUAAAUAAAUAAGUCUUGACAGAACUCUGUGUGAUGUUUUAAAUUUGGUCUGAAGUUCAAAUGGCUAACUACAAUUUGGACAACACGGUCAUACACAACACUCUGUAGCUUUGCUAACACUUUCUUAGUUGGGUUUAGGUUUAUAAUUUUGAAUACAUUUUCCUAAUUAUCAUGUUGAUAGCAUGGAGUAUCUGUCUACUCAUCUCAAGUACUUGGCACAUGUUUCUUCUUGUAGAUUGCCUCAGUGUGUUACAUACCUUGCCUACAAAACAGAUCACUGCUUUGCAGGGCUAGCUCAAGCUUGUGCCAGCCCUGCAUUACACUACACAAAUAAACAUGACCAAGAUACAUGUGAAUACAUGGGACAUUUUGUUUAUGGAUAAAAUUGCACUAAAAUAAAAGUAUACACAUGUAAUUUAUAUAUACAGAAUGCCGGGGUGGCAGUCUGGCAGAUAAGUAAAAUGAGGACUGCAUUCCUGUCCAGUUUUUUUUUUACGCCCAUCAUUCGCUAACUUCCCUCAUCUCAUUCCCUUGGAUGUACGUCAUGGAUUACGUUACGCAAGUGUCCACUACUGGUGGAACAUCUGAAUGGGUGCACUUGAAAACUACACGGUUGUGUCGUCACAAUAACAUUACAUUCUGGGACAUACAGGUGCUGGAGUGGAUAUUUGAAGCCGACUCACUCCCUCCAUCAAAAUCAAGGGAUCCGAGGGUACGGGUAUGUCCAUUUAAGCUUCCCUUGUUCACUUGAGGAAAUGGAAUGCAGUUUUAAUAUGACAUUAAGGAUCUCCUCCAAGGGAACACAGGAAGGGGAAGUUCACAAGUGCACUGGAAUGCAGCCAAUGUUUAGAAUUACUACGUUGAUGCAAAAAGUGUGCAAUUAGGGUUUUGUUUUUGAUUUUUCCCUAUGCCACCACAGAAUCAGGUUUCCUGUCAGUAUAACAUUAUCACUGUAAAAUUUAGAUUGCUACCCACCUCUCCAUUUAUCAAACUGGAAUUGACUGCCAAUAGAAAACAAGUUUUAAAAAGUGCCUCAUGAAAAAAUGUGUCUGUCUGAUUGGUGCCAGUAAUGACUUUUUGAAAUGAGUGUAAUAAUUCAAAAUGAAUGUUGUGUAUUGACUGUAAUACGAAUAACAACGUAAAUGUUUCUUCAUCAUGCUGCCUCAGCUGUCUUGCUGUGCUAGGCAGAUGCCUAGUUCUCCUACAGUAUACCAAAGUCUCUUUAAGGCAAGUCAUUUCACUUUGCGGCCAUCUUUGUAACGGCUCUCUGGCAGUAUGCUCAGGCAUUCUGUUUGAAUGAGGAAAUAUCAAAUUCUUCAAAAUUGCUUGCCAAGAAAAUCAAGAUGUCCACAUUCCAGCCCGCAGCUUGAUGACAUAGGCUAUCGUCAACUAUGUAGCAGACCUUGUACCGCCUACUAAGGUAACGCAAAUGCUACUGUGACAGUUGGGUUUAAGGUAGGAGGAGGUGUAGGCAAUCGUCAACUAUGUAGUGGACCUUGUACCGCCCACUAAGAUACCGCCCAUGCUUCUGUAACGGUUGGGUUUAGGGUAGGGGAGGUAUAGGCAAUCGUCAACUACGUAGCAGAUCUUGUAACGCCCACUAAGGUACCGCCCAUGCUACUGUGAUGGUUGGGUUUAGGGUAGGGGGAGGUGUAGGCGAUCGUCAACUACGUAGAGGAACUUGUACCACCCACUAAGGUACCGCCCAUGUGACUGUGACGGUUGGCUUUAGGGUAGGGGGAGGUGUAGGCGAUCAUCAACUACAUAGCGGCCCUUGUACCGUCCCACUAAGGUAAUACUCAUGCUACUGUGACGGUUGGGUUUAGGGUAGGGGGAUGUGUAGGUGAUCAUCAACUACGUAGUGGACCUUGUACCACCCACUAAGAUACCACCCAUGCUACUGUGACGGUUGGGUUUAGGGUAGGGGGAGGUGUAGGUGAUUGUCAACUACGUAGCGGACCUUGUACUGCCCCCUAAGGUACCGCUUAUGCUACUGUGACGGUUAGGUUUAGGGUAGGGGGAGGUGUAGGCGAUCGUCAACUACAUAAUGGACCUUGUACCGGCCACUAAAGUACCACCCAUGCUACUGUGAUGGUUGGGUUUAGGGUAGGGGGAGGUGCAGGCGAUCGUCAACUACGUAGCGGACCUGGUCAACUACGUCAUUAAACUGCGGGCUGCAGCGAGGACUGUCUCAAGAAAAUUGCCAGAAAUUCUACAACCAUAUCACCCUGCAGCCCAAGACUGGUUACUCACUGAAGCUAAGCAGGGCUGAGCCUCAUUAGUACCUGGAUGGGAGACCACAUGGAAAAACUAGGUUGCUGUUGGAAGUGGUUUAGUAAGGCCAGGAGGUGAGGCUUAACAUGCGGUGUGAGUUCUAGUGCCCCAGUAUAGUGAAGAGGAUACUAUACUGUCAGUGAGACAUUAAACCGAGGUCCUGACUCUUUGUGGUCAUUAAAAGUCCUAUCAUAAAGAGUAGGGGUGUAACCCCGGUGUCCGGGCCAAAUGUUCUCCAUAAUGGCUUCCCAAUCAUCCCCAUCCACCGAAUUGGCUGUAUCAUUGUCUCACCUUUACACCAAUAGCUGGUGUAAGU